ACAUUUGAUGGAAUUUCAAGAAAACUCGAGCUAAUCAGAUUGCAGAUUCCAGAACGAGCAGGAGAACAUAAGGGAAUUCAAAUGGGCUUGAAUGAAUCCAAAACGAAAAUGUACAAAAACAAAAGAUUCUUGAAGAUGAUGAGGUAAUGAAUAAAGAAGGCCCCAGAAAGGAACAAUAUUAUAGGAUUUGGUUCGAGGAUGACAACAAAAAGCCUCGUAAAAUAUCUCGUACACAUGCAGACGAAAAUACAUUUAAAAACUCCCCAGAAAAAGGGGGAAAAAUAGAAAAACACCGAGAUCUGUAUAUAUAUAUAUAUAUAAGUACUAUAUAAAAAGCUCAAAUUCAUUCAGAAACCCCUUUUGCCGGUCAUCUUCUCCAGCAUUCACCUUCAAAGCUCAAAAUCCUCUCUUGGAAGUAAGAAAGUCCAAAUCUUCAUUGGAAGUUCGUUCUCGGUUAGCGUUAGCAGCCGCCGCUUCAUCACCGUCAGUUCCUUAAUGAAGGGUCCAGGGGGGUCAUUGUUUGGCUGAUAACUACAUACGAAGCCUAAAGCAACCAUUUUCCGACAGCAAAUCAUGUUUCAGUGGCAGCGCCUCCUUUUGAGCGCCGCAAAAACUACACAUCCAAAAGUUCCCCUUCUCAAAGCCCUUCUAAACCCCUAUGAUCCUUUCCCCAAAGCCCAAGUAUUCUCCUCGCUCUUCGCCUCCCAUUUCUCCACCUCGUUUCUUGUGACAAAAAUCCCCAAAAAGUUCAGGAAGAAACGUAAGAAAAAGGAAAGCCCCCGCUUCAAACUUGUCCAAACACAGCCAAAUGUCAUCCCUCACUUUGAAAGCAUACUUCGCCGUGACGCUCACUACAGAUUUUUAAUGAAAACAAAAGAUUUCCUGUUGAAACAGCCCCAACAAGUCCUCCUCCUCGACGAGGCCGGAAAAAUGCAUCAGCUGCUGGGAUUUCCCCGAGGCCGCAAAGUAGUCAAGUUCAUACAGCACCACCCUUUAAUAUUCGAGGUUUAUCGCCACAGUGAUAAUAAGAUGUGGUUGGGGUUCAGCGAAUUCAUGGAAAGGUUGAUUCUUGAAGAGCAGAAAAUCAUGGAUGAAAUGGAAAUGGACAGAGUUAACGUCGUUAGGAAAUUGCUUAUGAUGUCAGUCAACAAAAGGAUGCUAUUGAGUAAAAUUUAUCAUAACAGACAUCUAUUUGGAAUAAGGGAGGAUUUUAGAGAUUGGGUUGGGAAGUUUCCUCAGUAUUUUAAGGUUGUUUUUGAGGAUGAUGGAAAACGGAUUCUCGAGCUUGUGAGUUGGGAUCCUUCGUUGGCAGUAAGUGCUUUGGAAAGGGAGUUCAUGGUCGAUGAAGAUAAGGUGAAGAAGGCAUUCAAAUUUGGGGUGAAACAUGGCAAGGCAUUGGAACUGGACGAGCAUGAUGAGAGGAAGUUGAACUUGUUGAUGACUUUGCCAUUAGUUUCCCCUUAUUCGGAUGGGAGUAAAUUAGAUUUGUGGACUGUAGAAGCUGAGAAGUACAGGGUUGGAGUGGUUCAUGAGUUCUUGAGCUUGACAUUGGAGAAGAGGGCUUACAUACAUAACAUUGUGGAGUUCAAGGAGGAAUUUAGUCUCACUAAACAUACUUAUCAGAUGCUUCUGAAGCAACCUCGGACGUUUUAUCUUGCCGGUACUGAGAUGAAUUGGUGUGUUUUCUUGAAGGAUGCUUAUGGGCAGGAUGGUAUUUUGAUUGAUAAAGAUCCCCAAGUAGUUUUCAAUGAGAAGCUGUACAGAUAUGCAGAUAUGGAAGAACUGGAAUCCACCACCAGUAAUCACUAGAAAUGAAUAUCGUAUGAUUUGGCAUUGGUCUUCAAAUUUGGCAAAAGUUCUGCCAAAAACAUACUAUGAGGAAGUUCUUAGAAAGGGUGUAAACUGAUGAUGACUUUGUUCACCGGGCUAUGGACCUCGCAAUCAAAUUGAUGAAAUUUUGUUGAUGAACUACCGUUUCAUUAGUGUUAUACUUACAUUAUUAGUAGUCUAUAAUGAGUGUUAGAAUUUUCGAGACCAUUUUUUUCGGCACGACCCAAUCUAAAUUUACA